UUUUUAUUUUAUUUUUUAAUUAGAGUAUGGAGUUGAAUUCCUCUCCUUCUUUACAGAGUCCUACAGUUCUUAGGAAUCCUAAUAUAAAUCCUUACCCAUUUCAUUGAAGACAUGGUAUCAAGAAAAGAAAGCAAAAAAAAAAAAAAAGGAAAGUUGAUGGCAACAAACCACUUGGGUCGUCUGCACCAUGACCUUCUAGCCCAGGUCAUGGCUCGAGUCGAUGGUUCCACCCUCGCGGCUGCAGCCUGCACAUGCACAGACAUCCGUAGUGUCGCCCAUGAAGAACAGUUAUGGGAAGAUCUAUGCCAUUCCACAUGGCCAUCCACUCAAGGGAAGAAGGCCCAAAGCCUUAUUUCUUCUUGUGUUGGUGGUUUCUCCAAGUUCUACGCUGAUUCGUACCCUCUGAUUGUCUACAAAAAGGGUCCACAGGUGCUACGUGGUCCAAUCCAAGAAACCCACGUGGCACCUUCUCAUCUUGUCUCACUGGUGGAUUUUUAUUACAAGAAGAAGUGCAUAUUCUCCAAGGUUUUGUAUGGUGUUGAUGGCCAUGAUGAUGAUGGUGAUGGAGGACAUCACCAUCAUCAUGAUGGAUGGUUCAUGGAUUGCCCAUUUAGACUAGAUGUGUUGAAUUAUGAAAAUGUACGUAGGACCCAUGAUGAUGAUGAUGAUGAUGAUGAUGAAGAUGAUGGUGAUGAUGGUCAUGAUGAUGGUGAUAUGAUGGGUGGACUCCCACCCAUUCCUUUUGUAGAGAAGAAGGAGAGAGGGAGUAGCAAGUUGUGUAGAAAGCUGGAAGAGAAUGUGAGAUUGAGUUGGGUGAUCUUAGACACCAAGAGUGGCAAAUCUGUAAAUCUUUCAAGCUGGAAGCCGGUGCUGGUGCAACGGUACUGGCCGUCUGAAGGCGACUUUCUAAUGCGGUUCGGAUGCGUGGUGCCGAUGGAAGAGAGAGUGGUGGCGAGCGGUGCUGCGGAGUGUGUGAUAACGGUGCGAUGCCAGUUGAUGGAGACAGAAGGGUGGUUAAGGUGGACGGAGAUAAGCAUGCAGGUGGAGGAUAAAGAGGGGGCGCAUGUUAGUGGGGGUAGGAGCAUGAAAGUGCUGGAGGAGGCUUUGGGGUGUGAAAGGAGUAAAGAGAGGGGGUUGGUAGAGAGAGGUUAUGGAGAAUAUGUGAGAGAGAAGAGAGAAUUGAGAGAGAAGAAGAUGAAGAGUGAAGGACUUCUUGAUAGGCUUUGUGUUUUGAGUGGUAUUGGAGUUUUUGCUGCUUUGUGUUUCUUUGCAUUUUGAUGAGUUGUAUACAUAAUGAAUUCAUUCUAUUUAUUUA